GAACCAAAGCUGAUGUCCCCAGAUUGAGAACUUUGUCUGCCUUGUCUCCUCGCUUCCUCUCUAUUUAGUACCUAGCGCAACAGCUUGAGGUGGAUGGGUGUUGUGACAGAGUCGCUCGUUGGGAAUAUUUCGACAUGGCGUCCACGACUGGUCAAAUGGGAAGCAUCCGCGUUUCAGCCCUUUGGAAGUUGGGCAUUAUUUUAGCACCGCCGCAGCCCAGCUAUUGGCUGAUCAGACGGACAAAAAAUGCUAAGCCUUCAUUUACGACCUGAGUGAGCUGGCAGGAAGCUGGCAAGUCGGUUCAAAGUCAAAGGCAGACCUCGAGAUGAACGAACGUCCGAGUAUUAUAUCACUACCACGGCUCUUGUUCAAUCCACCAAACCAGGCGAUGCAUGCCCGUCCAUUCUCCAACAACCUGCUCGUCUCGCUCAUUCCGCUCACCUCAUCGUCCUCAUGGAUCCAUUAUCGUUCACGGCUAGCCUCAUUGCUAUAGUAGGCCUAGCGGGAGAAGUCGCAAAGACCUGCAAAAGCUACAUCAACGGCAUCAAGAACCAUCCGCGUGAAAUCCGGCUGAUUUACAUCAAAGUCACCUCACUCGCUUCGAUCUUGGAUGGGUUGACGGUACUGCACGAAGACGACUACGAAGACGCAAAAAUUCUCAGGCAACUAAAAGGACCCGAUGGACCGAUACAAAAAUGCCAGGAAACGAUCCGCGAGUUAUCCGAUCUUGUACACCUGAACUCGGCCUCUGCCACAUCUGGGGGCAGCGGCACGAAGAGAAGACGUCUGAUGUCGAAACUACCAACUCUGGAACAACUGGCGUGGCCAUUCAGAAAAGACGACGCAGUAUCAUUAUUGAAGAGGAUCGCGACACACAAACACACUAUCAGUGCAGCUCUCACUGCAUCCCUGCAUUCUGAAGUUCGGUCAAUCAAAGCAAAGCUGGAUCAAGCAGAGAAGGACAGACUACACGCUUGGCUUGUCCAGAUCAACCCUUCUUCGAACCACAACACCGCAAACAGCCUCUAUGAGGAGGGAACCGGUGACUGGAUCUUCCGCUCUCAAGAGUGGAACCGCUGGGUAAAUAAACAGUCCAAGGAACGGUCUCUUUGGAUACACGGCAUCCCCGGGGCAGGGAAGACCAUCCUUGCCUCUCAUGUCAUCGAGCAACUCAUCAAUACCAAAUGCUCGGGCAACGUGGUACUCGUCUACUAUUACUGCUAUCACGGCCACAACCGUGAUGAAACCUUUUCAUUCCUCCGAUGGCUUGUCAGCCAACUCUGUCGGAAGACUGAUACGGUCUCGAGUUUGACGUACGAUAUUUACCGAAGCGGCCAAGAUCCGGACAUAACCAAACUCCUCGCAGCACUUCACGCACAGCUUGACGGUUUGGACACGGUAUAUGUCGCGGUCGAUGCCUUGGAUGAAAGCCAGAGGCCGAGACAUACAUUCCUGGGUGUUCUCCGUACUCUGGCUACCGAUCCGCGAUUCCAGAAGAUCCGACUCUUGACCACCAGCCGUGAAUACGCCGACAUCGAGCGGGUCAUGGCUCCCAGCUCCCUUUCCGUACCUACUUCACAUGAGGAGGUGGAGAAGGAUAUUCGAGUCUUUGUCGAAAGAAGCAUCAGUCGAAGCGACAGUUUCAAGCAUUGGCCCGACGAUCUGAAGCUUGAGGUGGUUGAUGCACUUGUCAAGGGAGCAAAAGGCAUGUUUCGUUGGGCGGUCUGCCAGCUGGAUAUUCUUCGUCGUCUCAGCUGCGCAACAUACGAAGACGUCAGGCAAACGAUCAAAACUCUCCCCAAGGACUUGGACGAAACCUACAUGAGGAUCUUGAACCUUAUCCCCCCAGAUGAUCUCGAACUUGUCCGAUUCACCAUCCAUUGGAUCAUCUACACGGAAAAUCUGGUCGGAUGGCAUGUCAGGAUGAAUGAUGUUUCCGAAGUCGUGAGCUUCUAUGUGUUGCAUCGUUAUGGAUCCUCAGAACGGGCCAACCAAAUCUCUAUCCCUUGUAACCUCGACAAGCUUAAAGAUUGCUGUGGUUGCCUUGUUUCGUUCGUUGGCGAUCAACAGGACGAAGAGAAUCCUGUCUGCAAACUCUCCCACUACACCAUCAAAGAGUUCCUGAAAUCCAGUCGAUUCAAGCCGACAGAUCAGCUUAUGUGUCUUGACCUUGCAACAAUGAAGACUUACCUGCCCAAUGUUAUUCUCCAAAUGACCAUUGAUCGCGAUGGACGCGAUGCUCAGGGCCGUAAAGAACUCUUCGGUUUUUUGGUCUUUGUGAGAACCCUCUUGCUCGAUGAAGAGUUCUUGGAUCACAAACUGGUAUUUUCUGCUUUCCUGAUUGAUAUGCCACCAAAGGGAAAGUACAACUGUGGUGAUAGAAGAUUUCAUGCCAUGUGGGCUCUUUAUGCAAUUGAGUGGGUUGGGGAUAGGCCGGCAGACGAAAUCAUUGUCUUGCUUCGUUUGUUAGCCAUGGACGCCCCCCAAAUCUCCCGAAAUCUGCUGGUAACUGCUGGCAGUCACCUUCUUUGCUCAUCCUUGAGCUUGAUAUGGUACGACUUUCACGUGUACGGCAGCUUAACGGACCCGAUCAAAAUGACAUUUGAGGGCAAUGUUGUUGAGUUUCUAGCGGCCUUUUUCUUCACUUCACCCCAUGCACUGUUGUUUCUACUGGAAAACUACUACCACGACUUUGCGCACUCCGUGGACUUGAAUGAAAUCCUGCGAUCAUUUCAAAAUGUUCGCCGAGAUCUCGACUUCUUGGAUGCAGAAUUCCGUAGGGAGGACGAUCAUGAAAUCUGUGCGAAAGUGGCGCAGAAGCUUCACGAUCUGGGCGCGGUUGUGAUGGAUAAGUAUACAGAGUCAGACACGGAGUCUAACGCCGGGUGAACGACAAAGCCGAUGGUAGAACCAGGCGCAGAGUCUCAUGACCGGCCGAAGAGGUGGCUUGAUGUUGUUUUGAGAAUUGAGAGUAAAGAGGUAA